GAUAAAAUUAUAAUAAAGUAUCUCGUUUUUAUUUUUAUUUUUAUAUUACAAAAUUGUGGUUUGUUUCUUGGCAAAAAAUAACCAUUUGUUUUCAAACUAGCAUAAUCAUAGAAUUAGACUUAAUGAUUAUAUAAAAAUAAAGAACGGGAAGUAUUAGUUGCAAUAAAAAUAAUGGAAGUAUUUACGAGAUAUAAUUUGCUCAAACAUGUAACAUCUUACUGUACUCGACCCGGCUUUUUACGAGACCGUAACAUAUUGAAUCGACAAUAUACAAUAAUUAUUAGUCAUAAACGACAGGCUAUUAGACACCAAAUAAAAGUUUCAACUCUAGUCUGUUCAUACUCUUCAGAUAAAAACAAACAUUUCAUAACCUUUGAGAAAAAAGCCGAAGCCUUAAAGGAUGCCUUCGAGCAGAGGAAAGAAAAAUUAAAGGACACCGAGCAGAAAAUAAGGCUAAAAGGUGAGGAAUUUGUUAGAGAUAUAAAGCACCAGAAAGAAGUUACAGGCAAAAAAUUAAAAGUGAAAAAGGAGUUCAUUAUAAAAGACAUAUUGGAGACCAGAGAUAAAGUUAAAGAGAAACUUGAAGAAGUCGUGGAGAGAGAAAAUGCAUUUACCAUACCAAAUAUCCUUUGUGUCACAAGGAUAGUGAUGUCUCCAUAUCUAGGCUAUAUUAUACUGCAAGAUAAUUACAAUGUUGCAUUGGGCCUUUUGGUAUUUGCUGGUGUUACAGAUUUAUUGGACGGAUGGAUAGCAAGAAAUUGGAAAGGACAGUCAACCAAAAUGGGCUCAUUCCUGGAUCCUAUGGCUGAUAAAGUUCUCAUAGCAACACUAUUUAUAACCUUGACAUGGCAGAACUUGAUACCACUUGCACUUACAUUGCUAAUUGUGGGCCGUGAUGCUGCCUUAGUUAUUGCAGGUUUUGUCAUAAGAUAUAUGAGCCUGCCACCUCCUAGAACGCUGAGUAGAUACUUCGACGUGACGCACGCAACAGCUCAGCUGGCACCCACCUUUAUAAGCAAAGUCAAUACUGCUGUACAACUUUUAUUGGUUGGCACCACCCUCGCCUCGCCUGUGUUUGGUUACGUAGACCACCCCUUGUUGCAUGCUUUGUGCGGCGUCACUGCUGUCUCCACAGUAGUUUCGGCUGUCAGUUACCUAGUUAGUAAGGACACUUACAAAUUUUUGAAGAAGCGGUCUUGAUUUCCUGUAUAAGCAAAUAUUUGUUCUCACAUGUAUAUUUUUACACUAGUCUUCCAAAUGUGUUAGCGGAACAAGUUAUUCGCCAAAUGUGUAUAAUAAUGUAAAUAAAAUUAUACUAUGGUAUAAAAA